AUGGCCUCAAGACGAGCCGGCUGCGUGGCCGAGGCCAUGGCCGCGCUCAAGCUGUCGCCGGCCAAGUCUUCUUCUCCUCUCUGCUCCGUCGGCAGGUCCUUUUCUCGAUCCAUGGCCACCGAGGCGGCGCCGCCCGCGCGGGACCUGACGCGCUCCGCCUCGGGCGCGCAGUCCAUCCUGCAGUCGUGGAACCCGGUGUCCACCGUCCCCGUCACCGUCCACGCCUUCCCCUCGCUCGAGCCCACCGCCCUCGACCACCACCCCGUCGCGCACCUCCACCUCCCCCUGCGCCGCGACCUCCUCCACGCCGCCGUCGUCUACGAAGGGUCGCACACCCGCCAGGGCACCGCCUCGUCCAAGACGCGCUUCGACGUGCACGGCUCCCACCGCAAGGUCCGCCCGCAAAAGGGCACCGGCCGCGCCCGCCUUGGCACCAAGCAGAGCCCCGUGCUGCGCGGCGGCGGCAAGACCUUCGGCCCCCACCCGCGCGACUUCGGCAUCGGCCUCAACCGCAAGGUCUACGACAAGGCCUGGCGCACCGCCCUGAGCUACCGCUACCGCCGCGGCGAGCUGCUCGUCUGCGAGGACGGCAUGCGCCUCGACCUGCCCGUCGACUUUGAGCUCGUCGCCGGCAAGUACCUCCGCGACGGCAUGCGCGAGGCGUAUCUGAAAAAGUACAUGGGCGGCGUGCUGGCCCGGCUGGGGCUCGGGCGUGCCGACGGGCGCACACUUUUCGUCACGGCGGGGGACAGCGAGGCGGGCAGGCUGCACGAGGCCAUGGAGCAGGUGCCGUGGGACGGCCGCGCGCUCGACGUCGACGACGUGGACGUCAAGGACCUGCUUGAGACGGGCAAGGUGGUCAUGGAGCGCGCCGUGCUGCGCGAGAUGCUGGAGCGCCACCAGAGCGACCUGGUGAGCCGCGUUUUCGUCCAGGGGGUGCCGCAGCUGCAGCAGCAGCAGUAG